UGUCAAAGCUCCGAUGUUCAAUAAUAUAUUUGAUCAACAUCGUAUCCUCUAAUUACUACACGAAUAACCACAUUUCAUUUUAAAUAUAGUAAUGAUUCAUCAUUCAAAUUGUCUACGUACCACGUGUCUGUAUUUAAAGGGCUUUUGUUAGCAAGCGAAAUGGCUAGCCGAAUUAGCUAACUUGCUAGCUAGCUAGCUACCAAGUACACAACACAGAAGCGAGUGACAGACUUCGUGUUGAUGUUUACUGUCCGGUAUUUGUGUCCAUAGCAAUAGCAGGGAUGAAGAAAGGGAAUUGGCGUGACAGGGGCAGGGACCGUAGGCGACUCGGUUACCGCUCUGACUGGCAAAGGGACAGGACACAGGAACAAAGGUAUGGCAGCAGUGAAGCAGGCCCCUCCUACAGAGACAGGACCCCAGAGAAUAGGUCUAUUUCUAAUACUGCAGCCUCCUCCUCCUCCUCCUCCGCUGCCCCAGAGCUGCCGGGGUUCUACUUUGACGCUGAGAAGAACCGUUACUUCCGGCUGCUGCCGGGCCACAACAACUGUAACCCUCUGACCAGAGGGCUGCUGCAGGAGAGAGAGCAGGAGAAACACAGGGCCAGGAUGAUCACUGAGGACGAGAGGCCCAGGAAGAAAGCACCAAGAGCAGGCCUGAACUCAGCUCUGUUGCUGCAGAAAAGACACCUGGGUCUGCUACCUGGGAACUCUUACAGUAGGCUGAUCCAUGAGGUGAAGGUGAGUGGGAUGAGACGUCACAGACUGGAGGUCCAGAGCUCUGAAAGCAGCAGUCCCAACACAGACCACUUUAGACUCAUAGUGGGUGACUCUGCAUGUGAGCGAGUGUUCACGGUUAACGACGUGUCUCACGGAGGCUGCAAGUACGGCAUCAUGAACUUCAGAGGCUGCAGCAGGGGCUCCCUGUCCGUCAAGAUGUGUGACAACCUCUACUUUACAAAUAGAAAGGUGAACUCUAUCUGCUGGGCUUCCGUCACCCACUCUGACUCACACGUCCUCCUGUGUCUGGUGGGCAUGGCAGAGACUCCUGGCUGUGUCAGUUUACUACCAGCCUCGCUCUUCAGCAACUCCAACCCAGACCAGCCGGGGAUGCUGUGUAGUUUUAAGAUCUCUACAGCCUGGUCCUGUGCCUGGUGUCUCAACCCUCAGGCUGACAAAACAUUUAGCACGGGUCUGUCUCGCAGGGUGAUAGUGACGGACGCAGUGACGGGCAGGAGACAGACCUAUGGCAUCGGCAGUGAUGUGCUGGCACAGCAGUUUGCCCUCAGGGCUCCGGUCCUGUUUAAUGGCUGUAGGUCAGGAGAGAUCUUCAGUAUCGACCUGCGUCAGAAAGGCAGACGGGACCACAGCUGGAAGGCCUGCAGGUUCUCCCAGGACUCUGCUAUCACCUCCGUACGAAUACUACAGGAUGAGAACUACCUACUGGCCGCGGACAUGAUUGGAGAGAUCAAGCUGUGGGAUGUACGAGUAACAAAACCAGUGCGGAAGUACGAGGGUCAUCAUAACCAACACGCCUACUUACCCCUCCACGUCAACGAAGCUGAGGGACUGCUGAUGGCUGUGGGUCAGGACUGCUACACCCGUCUGUGGUCUCUGGGAGACGGCCAGCUCCUGAGGACUAUCCCAUCUCCCCACCCUGCUGGAAAGGACAUGAUCCCCAGCGUGGUCUUCUCUUCUCAGCUAGGAGGCAACAGAGGCCUGCCUGGUCUCCUCAUGGCUGUCAGGCACGAUCUGUACUACUUCCCUUAUAACAGUGACUACCAGGAGGGAGGAGGGGUAGUGACUGAGGCAGCCUGCUAGGGGAGGGCUUGACUGAGGCAGCCUGCUAGGGGAGGGCUUGACUGAGGCAGCCUGCUAGGGGAGGGCUUGACUGAGGCAGCCUGCUAGGGGAGGGCUUGACUGAGGCAGCCUGCUAGGGGAGGGCUUGACUGAGGCAGCCUGCUAGGGGAGGGCUUGACUGAGGCAGCCUGUUAGGGGAGGGCUUGACUGAGGCAGCCUGCUAGGGGAGGGCUUGACUGAACCUUUCUUUGCAAAGUAACUGGAAUGAAGGAGACUCUUACUGCCUAAAGUUAUCAGCCUGGAUCUUUAAGACUUCAAGUGGAGAUUUGGGUCUGACCGUAGAGCUGCGAAGUGGAGAGUUGGGUCUGACCGUAGAGCUGCGAUGUCGAGAGUUGGGUCUGACCGUAGAGCUGCGAAGUGGAGAGUUGGGUCUGACCGUAGAGCUGCGAAGUGGAGAGUUGGGUCUGACCGUAGAGCUGCGAAGUGGAGAGUUGGGUCUGACCGUAGAGCUGCGAAGUGGAGAGUUGGGUCUGACCGUAGAGCUGCGAAGUGGAGAGUUGGGUCUGACCGUAGAGCUGCGAAGUGGAGAGUUGGGUCUGACCGUAGAGCUGCGAAGUGGAGAGUUGGGUCUGACCGUAGAGCUGCGAAGUGGAGAGUUGGGUCUGACCGUAGAGCUGCGAAGUGGAGAGUUGGGUCUGACCGUAGAGCUGCGAAGUGGAGAGUUGGGUCUGACCGUAGAGCUGGGUCUGACCGUAGAGCUGCGAAGUGGAGAGUUGGGUCUGACCGUAGAGCUGCGAAGUAGAGAGUUGGGUCUGACCGUAGAGCUGCGACGUCGAGAGUUGGGUCUGACCGUAGCGCUGCGAAGUGGAGAGUUGGGUCUGACAGUAGAGCUGCAGAUGGACUGCUGGAACAUGGAUCCAGUGCUCUACUAUAUUUGUCUACCAGUGAACCCUGAAUUAUGUCCACAGAAACUGCAAUUCAUCAACUGCUAUUAUUGAAGUUGUUUUUUUUGUCUUUAUAAUAAUAAUAAUAAUAACGGUAAUUAAUCAUGUUUAUACGAUUCAAAACAAUGUAUUUUAUCUAUGGUGAUUGAAUGGAUGGCUUGGAAUUAUUAAAAAAAACAUAGCAUUGUCAACAGA